CUGCUCUUCUGUGAAGCCGCUCGCUCGGGAUAGCGGGAAAGUGGGUGAAGAAUCUGCACUCCGCCAUCCUUCUGCCCCGCGCCCACACACACACACACACACACUCACAUAUAUAUUCACACAGGCGCGCGCACGCGCGCACACACACACACACAUACCCACAGACGUGCAGUAGUGCGAGGAGGCUAGACAGUAGUUGGCACUAGCAGCGCGAGGAAACGGAGCAUAACGACCAGGACAGGAGUGAGUGCUAAACAAGACAGAGUAUUCUCACGAGCAGGAGGAGAGACGACCAGGCCCGCGCGGGGUGGACGUAAGUCAUGCUCCGGCGCUCGCUCGCAGUCUGCCCCGGUUUGGUUAAGACAGACAUUCGGUCUGAACUCCCGGUCUUACGAGAGGAGAGGAGAGGAGAGCCCGUGACGACUGUUGACACUCAUCCCGCUGGCGUGUGAGACCGGACCGGAGACGAGAGCGAUACGAAAACGAUGCGGUUGGGAUACACAGGACUCUCUGGCAGGUGUGUGUGUGUGUAGUCCUGCGUCAGGAAACCCCUCCCACACACACACACACACACAAGCACACAAACUCCCAUGGAACGAGACGGGCGAUCUUUCAGGAGGCUGAAGUUGAUGAGUUCUCCGAGCCUCAGUGACCUGAGCAAGAGUGAGAGGGAGAGGAGCCCCAAUCCAGUGGAGGAGAAGGGAGCGCAGCAGCGCAGGGCAGGGGCCAACGCCACCUGGAACAGCAUUCACAAUGCUGUGAUCGCCGUGUUCCAGCGCAAGGAGCUGGGGGAGAAUGAGCUCUACACUCUGAACGAGGGAGUCAGGCAGCUGCUGAAGACAGAGUUGGGGUCCUUCUUCACAGAAUACCUGCAGAACCAGCUGCUGACUAAGGGCAUGGUGAUUCUCAGGGACAAAAUCCGAUUCUAUGAAGGUCAGAAACUUCUAGACUCCCUGGCGGAGACUUGGGACUUCUUCUUUUGUGAUGUGCUUUCCAUGCUGCAGGCCAUCUUCUACCCUGUACAGGGCAAGGAGCCUUCAGUGAGACAGUUGGCCUUACUUCACUUCAGGAACAUCAUCACCCUCAACAUCAAACUGGAGGAAGCUCUGUGUAGGCCACGCGCACGAGUACCCCCCUCAAUCACACAGAUGCUCCUUAUCCUACAGGGUGUCCAUGAGUCUAAGGGAGUAACAGAUGACUACCUGAAGCUGGAGACUCUGAUCCAGAAGGUGGUCUCUCCUUACCUGGGCACACACGGCCUAAUCUCCAGCGAUGGCUCCGUCACACACUGCUCCUGUGUGCUUGAGAAGCGUCUGCUGCGCCGCUGGCCCAAGACCUCAUCAGACUCCCCCGCUAAGAAUCCGGUGGUUCGCUCCAAGAGCUACAACGUCCCCAUGCUGACCCCCGUGGUGGAGUACGACCCUGAGGCGGGCAUGGGCGCGGGCACCAGCCUGGGCAUCCGACGCCACUCCAUCGGCGAGAUGCCCUCCUGCCUGGAGGAACCGGCGUUCGCCGAGCUCCAGACCGACGAGAUGAGCUCGCUCCUCUGCCCCGACACCCCGGUCGGAGCGCCGCGGAGGGCCACGGGGGGGGGCGGCUCCCCGUCCCCCUCGUUCCUGCCCUCGUCCUCACCUCGCCUCUCGGGGGUCUCAGGGUCCGGGGGGCAGAGGUCGCCGGCACUCUCCAAGGGUACGCCGCCAUCUUGUGCCAGCAUCUCGUCCAGCCCGGAGACCGUCGUGGACCAGAUCCUGGAGUCCAUGGACUCGGACUCCGACGGCAUCAUCAUCGACUUCCCCAGUCGCUGUUCCAGCUCCUCCAGCUUCAGCCACGAGGGCAGCCGCCAGAGCGUGGUGUAGCCACCGCUGCUAGCCGCUAGCCUUUAGCGCCACACUCAAAAAAUGGUGUAGCCACAGCUGCUAACUGCAGGCUUUUAGCACAAGACGGAGACAUGGUGUAGCCACAGCUGCUUAUCCCUAGUCUUUAGCGACUCACUCAGACAUGGCAUAGCCACAGCUGCUAGCCGCUAGCCUUUAGCGCCUCACUCAGACAUGGUCUAUGGCCAUAGAUGCUAAUCGCUAGUCUUUAGCCUUUGGAGUCCCACUGAAAUGUGGCGUAGGGGUGGAUGCUAAUCGUUACCCUUUGACCUCCGACGAGUGUGCUACAGCCAUAGCUGCUAACUGCUAACUGCGGGCCUUUAGCUCCCCACAGGUGGGCUGUAGCAGUGUUGCUUUGGCGUCUGUGGCCCUCUGAGGACGUGUUGUCACUUUGUAGUCCACUAUGAACUUCUGUGCCCUUAGCGAUUUUCUGUAAUUGAGGAUAACAUGGAGAUUUUGAAUAAUCGCACUUACAGGAACUCUAUCGGUAACAAAGUACUAUUGGUGAAAAAAAAUCUUAGUUUACUCUCUUAACAGCAUCGAAGAUCACAUGAUCCACUCAGUCAGACAACUAAAGUAUGAAGGAUAGGUUGGUAGGUGCAGUUAUUCAUAAUCCCCAUGUUAUAUUCUAGGGUUAGGGUUAUAUUCCUAUACAGACAGAGGACAACACAUUAUACUCUGAAAACCCACUGGAGUUCAUCCUCACUAGCUGCUAAUCGCUAGGUUCACUAGCUGCUGAUCGCUAGAUUCACUAGCUGCUAAUCGCUAGAUUCACUAGCUGCUAAACGCUAGAUUCACUAGCUGCUAAGCGCUAGAUUCACUAUCUGCUAAACGCUAGAUUCACUAGCUGCUAAUCGCUAGAUUCACUAGCUGCUAAUUGCUAGAUUCACAAGCUGCUAAACGCUAGAUUCACUAGCUGCUAAGCGCUAGGUUCUUGCUCUGUGCUGAAAUACUGGUGUUAGACACACUUACCUCUAGUGCUUAUUUUUUCUAGACUUUUCUAUUUUCCUAAAAUGUUUUUUUUUUCUGCUUUUUGUGUAUGUGAUCAUUCCCAGAGCACGAUAUUGUUUUCAUGACUAACCAUUCUGUUGAGUUAGCUUUAUAAUACACUCUUAGCUCUUUAUAAUACACUCUUAGCUCUGUGUGGGGUAUCAGGUGAGGGACAAGACUAACAGUCCACAGCUAAAUAGCUAUGUAUAUAGCAUGACCUAGAUGAUCGUAUAUGACCUUAUAAUGUCUCUGGUCCAGUCCCAUAAGGACCCUGACUGGACCGAACCACACUGCAAACACACAGGGAGUCAUUUCUUAGUCUGCAACAUUCUAGAAAACCUACUGGACUGAACCACUUGAUCAACACGGGGGACCAACGCUCCAGAGUGUGCUUCUAUGAGCCUUUAAUCAGAAGGCUAGCGUCACCUCAUAUUAUCAAUUUUGUUCCAGAUUGGUUAAUACAACAUGAUUUGAAAUAAUAAAAAAAUUACGUUUCUCACAAAUUUACUUUUUAAAUGUAAUUGUUUUAAAAAAAAAAAAUUACAUUCUGCAGCCUAUGACUAAUCAUAGCAUGAUGAAGUGUGUGUGUGAGUGUGUGUGUGUGUGUGUAUCUGUGUGAGUGUGUGUGAGUGUGUGUGUGUGUGUAUCUCUGUGUGUGUGUGUGUGACCAAUCAUAGCUUGAUGAAGUGUAUGUUUUGACUGUUGUAUGACUUGGCAGUGUAGUGAUGGCAAACGGCUGUUUAUAAUUCAUCUUAAAGCCUUGGUUAUGAUUUUAUACAUUUUCUUUGUUUUUGUAAAAGGGAAAUGUGCAUGUGUUUUAAUCGAGACACAAAGGUACAAAGGUCUUUUGGUUUUGUAAUAAUCUCGAUUUUUCAAUCACAGGAUAACGGUUGUAGAUAAAUUAUAAAAUUAUUUAUUUGUACUGUGGGUUUGUAUUGACACUGAUUAUAAUUAAACUAAUAACUCUG